UAUCUACACGGGACUUCCUACAGCGGUCGGGGUAUAGAGGGUAGUGGUGUAUUGGAAUUCGACAAGUAGUUGUGUUUCGACAUUCGGCUGAGACAAGCCGUGUUGACAUUUCUUCACGCCAUAUCUUUAAACUACGUUGUCAAGCUUCUGCUGUUUUAAAGUCAUGUCUGGAAUAUGUUACCCGUAACAUGUGCAUGGCGGUUACAAGACGAGGCGCGGACAGCUGUGAUUGACUGCAAUGUACAUGUGUAUAUAGCUAUGUGAAGAUGGCUCUUAUCUCUCGUGCUGCGGUCACGGAUAGGCUAUCAACAAGUUAGGACUACUGGUCCGGCUAUAUAUCCAAGGUUGCUCCGCAUCGAGUGACCUUAGACAGGUUAAGAGUUAUGGCCAAGAAACCCCCCUCUGUGUCCACUAGAAGGUCGAAGAUAUCGGAAACUGACCGUUUGCCUGACAAGCCCGUGAAAGGAAAGAUCAAACCCGAGGAAGCACUGAAGAAGGCAUUUGACCCGAUGAAGAACCUUCAUCUAUGGACGAUGUGGAGAAGCGCAGUGAACGGAAAAAUUGUAGAUGAAGCAAAAUCGUUCAGUGACAACGACUUUCGGGAGCAUCCUCUGGGCAGAUCUUUAACUAAUGUUCCAUUGAGACAAUUGAUUAAAUACGAAAAGGGUUCAAAGGAGAUAGCACAAUCUAUGAUGAACCCGACCAAACAGACCAACCCGUUAUCCGACUAUCGCGGUGGCCAUAGAUCUUAUGGACCAAGUGAAAACUCAGCUCCUAAUGGGCCGGGUUGUCUAGGGACGAAGGAGUUCGUGUAUUUCGGCGUCCCACGUGUUGUUCUCAAGAAAUGAUGUUUGUAGUGUUUGUAUGUAUUUGUAGGUAUUUAUGAACCAACCAUUGUCCAUGGAUCUGUGAACUCUGAAAUGAUGAGUCGUCAUGAAAGACCCACACAGAAUCACCAGCUUCCAUCCACGUUGUUUGCAGUGUGUUUGUAGUUCUGAUGCUGACCGCGAGUCACUGCCUGAACACUCAUUGUGUAACUAACUGUCUGCAACAUUGGGUAUGAACAUACUCAAAGUCAAAGUUACUCGCAUCUUAUUUAUCGUAUUAUCAAUAUUUAAGAGGCAAUGAUGUCCAUAGUUUUGGGAAAUGUAACGUGUAAGGGUGUUUCAAUUGGUUGAAGAUAGAUUCUGAAGGCUUUUCAACAUCUUUUACUGUAUAACACAA